AUGAACUGCAGGUUUCCAAGACCAGAUGCAAGUAAAAGAAUGUUUUGUUUUCCCUGGGCAGGGGGAGGACCAAGUUUUUUUACAGCAUGGGGCGAAGAUGUGUCAGAGGAUAUCGAAGUGUUUGGUAUUUGCCUGCCUGGUAGAGAGAACAGAUAUCAGGAGCCUUGUGUCAGUGAUGGGCGGAAAACUAUUGAGUGGAUUGCAUCCGUCAUACAUGAUCAGUAUUCUGACAAGCCAUUUGUAUUCUAUGGUCACAGCAUGGGUGCACUGUUGGCAUUUUGUGUGGCCAUAGAACUGAAACAAAAGUACAACAUAGAACCAGAAUGUCUGUUUUUAUCAGGAACUACAGCCCCACAUUCACCUCACAGAAGAGGCAGAGCAAUGUUCACAGAAUCUAUGACAAAAGAUGAAUUUCUGGCUAAAAUCAAAUUAUUAGGCGGAACACCAAGUGAAAUAUUUGAUAAUGCAGAACUGGCAGAAAUUUAUUACCCACCUCUGCGUGCUGAUAUGUGUAUGAUUGAUCAUCUUACAUAUGAACACAAGCCUGACCAAAGACCACCACUCUCUUGUCCUAUUGAUUUCUUUGAUGGAACUGAAGACGUGGACCAUGACAUCCAAGCGUGGAAACAAGUUACAUCUGGACAGUUCACGUUUCGCACAAUGCCAGGUGGUCAUUUUUUCCUGAAGAUCCCAGAGAACACCAGAAAGCUGAUCAUGUUUUUUAACAUAAGACUCGGAGGCUAUGAUGAUAUUGUGUAA